AUGGUUAUGCCCGAUGAUACCUUGAAGAUAUUGUUACCAAAAUUAGGCGAUAGGAUUGCCAUUAAAGCGUACUGCAAAAAAGAGUUGGCACCCAAAAAACAGAGCCUAAUUGAUCGACUAAAAUUGAAAAUGUCGACUCCGGCGCCGAAUAAUUACACCGCACACAAAGCAAAUUCCAAUAAAAAAGUUAAAACAACGAGACUGAUUGAAGUGGGUUGGGUUUGUUCAAUAGACGGAGAAACCUAUACCCAGGUGCGUAAGCUGCAAGGAGGUGGCACCCGACAAAUUGAAAUUGAAAAAUCUGCAACAGUAGAAACUGUACAUCAACGAGCCAUUGAACUUUUCUUCCCUUUUGGCAAAUCGACAAAAGGAUAUGUAGAAGAUUUCGAAACAAGAAUGGUGGACUUUUCGCUACAACAAUUAGAUAAUGAGCUAACUAUCGAGGAUUAUUUCUCUCGCACCGCUUUGACAAAGUUAAGGGUUUAUUUGGCUUCUAAAUUUAUCAAAAAAGCAUCUCCUCCCACUAAACGCACUAGGACGCGUACGGCUACUGGAUCAAUGCCCAGAAAUGGAAUUUUGUCAGAUGAUAAAAAUACAUCAGAUGCGAGUGAUGAAGAGUCUAGAUCGCUUCCGAACGAGACAGACAUUGAACUAAUUUCCAAUCGGACAACCAAUCAAGACCCUAAACCGUUUCUGGGUUUGGGAACAAGUGAUGACUAUGCAGAUAUUUUCAAUGAAGACUGCCACCUAACGACAAUCAGCUGUGAAGGGGAAAACAGCACGAACCUUAGCGUACUCACUGAUGACCGGAAUAAUUAUCCUCACUGCCGUCAAUCGUCUGAAGCUGUGAUACAGACGGAAACAUUCACAGAGGAAAUUGCCAAAGAAGACCUAACUUUAUUAGUAAAUUCAAUUCUUGACUGUUUCGAGACUCAGUCGUUACCAAACACCAACAAUACUGAAAUUUGUGAGCCUCAAACGAUUUCUUCACUUUUGAAGCACUUACAACAAAACAUCAACACCCAAAAAACAUCACAGUUCAACGUAUACAGGGAAGAUAUAUUUGGAUGUUGCGUUCGAGCAAUGAGAAGAGCCGGAUUUGAUCCAUUUAGUAAAAUUUCAGUCAAGUUCAGUGAUGCCGAAGGUACAAGCGAAGGUGCCGUUGAUGAAGGCGGUCCUUGCAGAGAAAUGUUCAGAUUAUCUCUCAACUGGUUGAAAGACAGCGGGAUGUUCUGUGGUGCCCAGAAGAAAAAUUUGAAUCUUUGCGGAAAUGCUUUGCACAAAAACAUGUAUUUCGAAGCAGGUCGAUUAAUCGUGUUAUCGCUGAUUCAUGGAGGGCCAGGGCCUCAUUUUUUCUCUGAAACACUAUUCGCUCUCUUAAGCGGCCAGAUUGCGAUCCCAACACUUGACGAUAUUGAUCGAGAAACAAGAGAAAAAAUUACGCAAUUUCAGAAUGCCAAGGAUCUUGAUGAACUACAAGCAAUAAUAGCAGACAGCGAUGUUUUUUCUCUUGCCGGAUUUCCAAUUAUUGUCCAGGCAGAAGAGCGAGAAAAAAUUGUCCAAGGUACAUAA